UUAUUUACAGGUCCAUAACAAUAGCAGAUAAAUAAUUGUGCAAGCAGAUGCCUGAUAGUGGUUACGUGAAAGAAUGAUGGAGUGGCAAUAAGUAAAGCAAAGUUUGUAUUUUGUGCAAGCCUUGUGAGUGGCAGAAGCUGAAAGAGCCUUGACUGCAGUCCCUGCACAUCUCUCUACCUCCUCCCUGCAUGAGCUGAAGGGGAGCAGGGUGUGCAAAGUGCAAGGGGAGGAGGGAGAGCCUAGGGCAGCUCUGCACUGUGACCCAGCCUUGGCUGUGAGCUUGUCUGCUCUAUGUCUGAGACUGGGAGGCUGCCCCUCCAUAUGUGAGUGUGUGUGAGUGUAUGUGAGUGUGUGUCUGUGAGUGUGUGUCUGUGCUCUACCGCCGCCACUGCUGCCCUUUGAUCCUUGCAUUAGUGUUAGGGGCUCGGAGACACACAGGGAGCAGCCAUAGACACGGCAGCGCCAGGCACCGCUCAUCCUCAGGCUGUAGCCCUUUCCAUGCACAACACACAUAUUCAUCACAUCCAUUCACCAUUGAACAAUAUUUAUUGCGACUGGGGGAGGGAGGUGAAAGGGAGGACAAGCCAGGUGCACCGAGCAAGCUCCCCGACUCCAGCCACAGCUGCUCUGCGCCGACCCCGGGGCUAUUCCCCCCUUGUCACUGGCCACUGCCUCCAUCAGCGGAGAAGAGAAUGUGAUCGACUUGGGAGAGAAGAGAAACAAUCCCCGAUCUUCUACAUCUCAGUCCAAAAGGGGAGAAAAUGCCCAGGAGGAAACAGGAACAGCCUAAACGCCUGCCUUGUUCACAUGGUCCUCGACAAGACGAGGUGGAAGGAGAAGCAAGUGAGGAAGAAAACUGGUUUGGAACAAAUUCAGGGACCCCAUCAGAAGCUUCCUUUGGAGAUAUUCAAGAGAAUUAUAAACUAUCAUAUGAUGACAGAGGACAAGAAUCCCCCACUUCUCCCGAUACAUCCCUUGGAAGUGCAACUCCAAGUUUAAGCACUGAUUUGGGAAUUCUGGAAAGUGAAAUUUUUAAGGAUGCCUCACAGUGUAAGGAGCUCAUGUCAACAUCUGCAUCCUCCAUGGAUGAGGAUGACCAAAUUGGCACACUCAAGCCAUUAAGCAGUAAUCUGAGACGUCUCCUUGAGGCUGGCUCAGUACAGCUUGUAACAGAAGCUGCUACAAAUGGCAGAGAUGACUCUUCACUUAAUACUUCUACAAACCUCCAGUUUUCUCCCUCUUCUCACCAUGCAAAGCAGCUUAGUGCCCUUGCAAGAAAGCUUGCCGAAAAGCAGGAGCACAGUGAGCAGUAUGGAGGAGUUUCAACCAACAGGUGUAUAUGGAGUCAGGACAAAUGGCUACAAAAUUCAAAUAACACAUGUGGCCUGUCACCUGACUCUGCUAUCCUAAAACUUAAAGCUGCUGCUAAUGCCGUUCUUCAGGAUCAGUCACAGUCAAGGACUGGUGAAAGUCUAAAGUUUGAAUCGUUUACUCCAUUUAGUUCUCAGUCCGCUAGCUCCACUUUAGCAGCAUUAUCAAAGAAAGUUAGUGAAAGGGGCAUGGCAACAGGUCAGGAGCGUCAUUCUCCAGCUGGUCCAUUCCUUUCUUUGGCUUCCAUGACCUCUUCUGCUGCCUUGCUUAAGGAAGUUGCUGCUCGUGCUGCUGGCAGUAUACUUGCUGAGUCAAAAAAGCCCCUCAUAUCAGAAGAUCCUUUACCCCUGCCUGAAGAAAAUCAAGAAAAGGUAACGUCAACACAGUCGUUGGAAAUGUUGUUACUCCCAUCACCUAAAGGAAGGCCUUUAAAACCUGGAAACCAAGCUCCAGAAGAAGAAGUCGGGAAACCAUUCCAGUGUCCUAUUUGUGGAUUGGUAAUAAAAAGGAAAAGUUACUGGAAAAGGCACAUGGUGAUUCACACAGGUUUAAAAAGUCAUCAGUGUCCACUAUGUCCAUUUCGUUGUGCUCGCAAGGACAAUCUUAAAUCUCACAUGAAGGUCCACCAGCACCAGGACCGAGGGGAAACCUUUCAGUGCCAACUCUGCCCUUUCACCUCAUCCCGCCAUUUCAGCCUGAAACUUCAUAUGCGCUGUCACCAGCACUUCCUGCGGGCAGAGGCCAAAGUGAAAGAAGAGCCUAUUGAAGCUGACAUUAAACAAGCACCUUUUAAAAAUUCUUUGGCAAGCCAGGAGGAAGGGAAUUCUUCACCUGGACAAGCAAUGCUACUUCCAGAGACCUUAAACCAGAUGAACUCUAUAGCUGUCAGUGCACUACCUAUUAAAGAGGAACCUAAAGACAAUGGCUGCCCUGUCAUUCCUUUUAAUGACAGACCUAACAGUAACAGUAGCGCAACAAUGAAAGAAUCUUUGGAUUUUGUAGGUUGCCCUUCAUCCCUUUUCAGUCAAGACAUCUCUGUAAAGAUGGCAUCAGAUUUUCUAAUGAAGUUAUCAGCUGCAAAUCAGAAGGAUCCCCUCACUCUUACUUUUAAAGUGAAAGAUGAACCCGAGGAUGAAGAACCUAUUAGCUCCCUAUCCCCACAAUCCUUAUACAGCUUCAACCAGGAAUCAGAAGGUCGGCUUUCCAGCACUCCAGAUGAAGACUGUAAGCCCCAACAAAAACAACCAAACCUGCUCACUCAAGAUAUCUCCAUGAAAGCAGCAUCAGAGCUCCUUAUGAAACUAUCAGCUGAAAGCUGUAAGGACACGCAGACUGUGAAGAUUAAAGAGGAACCCAUGGAGGUUGACAUCCCUGACUCUUCCAUCUCCCCAAGACAGAACAUUGGUUACAGCACUUUAUUAAGACAAGAAAAAACUGAGCACAUACAGAAGGUGCCAUUGUGUCGAGUUGUUCCUGAAGGGAACCUGUUCAGCCAAGAUAUAUCUGUGAAGAUGGCUUCAGAACUUCUCUUCAAACUGUCAGAAAAAGUUAGUAAAGAACAUAAUCACAAGUCAAAUGUCAUCCGCACCACCAGCCCAUUUUUUUCAGAAGAAAAAUGCAGACAAUCACCAUUCACCUUCAACUCAAAAGACAUCACUAAAAGUGAAACUGUUCCUCGAGGAAGACCAGAUUCUGAACCCCUGGGACUUGACACCAGCAGUGGAAUAACAGCCUGGAAACUCAGUGAACAACUAUUUCCAUGUGAUGUUUGUGGGAAAGUGUUUGGGCGACAGCAGACUCUGUCUCGACACCUCAUGCUGCACACAGAAGAAAGAAAAUACAAAUGUCAUUUGUGCUCAUAUGCUGCAAAGUGCCGGGCUAAUCUGAACCAGCAUCUGACUGUCCAUGCAGUGAAGCUGGUGAGCAUGGACACUGAAGAUAUUGUCAGUGCUGUUAUAUCUGACACUGGUGAGAAAAAGAAUACCCCAUAUUUCUACAGUUGUCAUGUCUGUGGCUUUGAGACCGAGUUGAACGUUCAGUUUGUGAGCCACAUGUCCCUCCACGUAGACAAAGAGCAGUGGAUGUACUCAAUCUGUUGCAGCACCUGUGACUUUGUCACCAUGGAGGAAUCUGAUAUGAGGACACACAUCAGCGCUAAACACUCAGGAGAAGAUAGAAAGACCCCUAGUGAAUCAGUAAGCCCCUCUUCCUCGUCCUUAUCUACACUCAGUGAUUCAGCCAACAGUAAAGAAGAUUUCGACACACCACUGAGAAACCAGACUUCCAACAGUUUGCUGGUUAUUUCCGUAGUGCCUGGCUCCCAGCCUUUUGUCAGCAAUGAAGAGAAGUCAGAGAAAGGAUUUGAGUGUGUCUUCUGCAAUUUUGUCUGCAAAACAAAAACAAUGUUUGAACGUCACCUGCAGAUCCACCUGAUCACACGGAUGUAUGAAUGUGACGUGUGCCAUAAGUUUAUGAAGACACCAGAGCAGCUGGCAGAACACAAGAAAUGUCACACAGUCCCCACCGGUGGACUCAAGUGCCCAUUCUGUAUUUAUUCCACAAACCGCCCCGCAGCCAUGGAGUGUCACCUAAAGACACAUUACAAGAUGGAGUACAAGUGUCGUAUCUGCAAGUCAGUGAAAGCAAACCAGCUGGAGCUUGAAAUGCACGUCCGGGAGCAUCGUCUUGGGAACCAUUACAAGUGUGACCAGUGUGGCUAUCUGUCCAAGACGGCUAACAAGCUGAUUGAGCAUGUCCGUGUCCACACGGGAGAGCGUCCCUUUCACUGUGACCAGUGCAGCUACAGCUGCAAGCGCAAAGACAAUCUCAACUUGCACAAGAAACUCAAGCACUCCCCACGUAAGACCUUCAGCUGCGAAGAGUGUCUGUUCAAGACCACGCACCCAUUUGUCUUCAGUCGCCAUGUCAAAAAGCACCAGAGUGGUGAAUUCAUGGAAGAGGAGCAGAAACUCCCAGCUCCAACUCUGAAAGAGUUUACUCCUUUGCCAACUGUUAUUGACUCUAGGAGUCUAUUAUCACCUCUCUCUGUCAUGUCUGCUUCUCAGGCUCUACAAACAGUGGCCAUGUCUGCUGCCCGGAACGGAGGGGCUGAUUCACAUUUAGCACUUAAAGCCUUUGCAGUAAAUGGUACCUCUUCUAGCUACGAUAGGUACCAGAACUCUGAGGUUGCUCAUCUCAUUCCCUUAACAAUGCUUUUUCCCAAGAACCAUUACGAUGUCACAUUCCAUCCAACCCGACCUCAGACGGCACCUCCCGGUGUCUCCACACCUAAGCACUCCUUUCUUGCUUAUCUUGGACUAACGGAAAGGGCAAAAACUGUUUGAGGGUGGCCCUUGCCCUGUAUCAGAUACCCAGCAGGUAUACAUUGCUGCAAGAUAUAGGUUUGAAAGUUAUGAAAAUGUGUACUGUAUAUCUCUAGCAAGAUUAGUUAAUGGGCUCUGUGUGUAUACUUAUUGCAUUUACCUAAAAGCUGCUUCAUUGAGUCUUCAGAGAGGUAACCUACUGCGAAAUUAUACAUAUCAAAAAAAAAAAAAAGCUGCUUCCCUAUACCUCAGCGCAGACUGAAGGCCCUGGAUGGAUAUAAGCGCUGGCACUUAUGAAGUUACAGUUUCUUUUUAAAAAAAUGUUAUGCUCUUAACAGUCAUUGCAAGCACAGUAGUUUGCUCCACCUCCACAAACAUUAGUGACCAUCCCACUUUAACUCUGCAUGUUCCACUGCAGUUUGAGGGGUAGUUCUGGGAUAUACAUUGUAUGUAUGUACAUAUAAAUAUAUGUACAUUGUGCCAUUUGAUAUGUUUAGCCAAAAUGGUUUCCGGUGAAAGUAUAUUUAUUAGUUUUUUUCCAUGUAUAUACUAUAUAUUUAGAUUCUAUACACCCGCCACAAACCCAGAAAAAGCCCAAUAUUUAUUAAAAAACAAACAAAAAUAAACACGCACAGCCAUUUUCUGACAUUCUAUUGUUUAGCCCCUUCCUACAACUUUUUUCACAACCUAAACAUUUCAUUAUUAUGCCAAAGCCAAUAAAACUAUUACAUGCACUUCUUGGUUUUUGGCUGCCAAAGCUUAAAUGUUUAUUGUAUAAAAUACAAACAUUCUUUCCUCUCUCAAAGUGGAUCGUUUUUUUUUUCCCCACAAGGACCAGGUGCCAUAGGGAGAGUAACUCUAUAAACCGUCAAUCUAUUUCUGACUGCUCCAUCUAUGCCAACAGUCAGAACCUUAAAAUUUGUACCCCAGAAACACAAGGUCCUAGAUGAUAAGAGAAAUGUAUUUCCAGAAAUGGCAGUAUAACUAUAAAAUAAUGAUUUGCUAGGAUUAAAAUAGAGCUUUAUAGCUGCAAUCCCCUCUUACAGACUUGCUGCUGGAUUUGAUAUUUAUGGUGUUUCUUUUGCCCAAAACAAGAGACAUAUCAGCUGUUCUUUAAACUGCAUCCCCUUUAUAGUUAAUUUUAGUUAUCGCCUGCCCAAAUUAGAGCAUGUGUUUGUACAGUAUAUGACCCAUAGCUUGUCGGUGCUUAGCAUGAGGUUGUAUUGGCAAUGGCACACAGAGUGGUUGAUGAUGUGCUGGAUUAAACAACUGAGACUUGCUCUAGAGAAAAAACACAAAAAAGGUGGCUAUGGCAGUGAUAUUGCCUCAAUAUAAAUAAAUCCUUGUUUGGGGGAGAUAAUCGAUAUUACUACAGACAAGCCAAUAAAAAGAGUCAUUUGGGCUAAUUUAUAAACAGUGGGCAAAUCUGCACCUGGGUAGUAACCCAUGGCAACCAAUCAGAUGAAUGCUUUCAGUGCUCAACCUGCAG